UCGCCUACGUUAACGUAUGCAUAGUUCUGCCCACAACAACAGACGCUAAAUCUUCCGUGUCUUGUGUUUAAUUUUUUGCAGUACAAUGAAGGAGUUCGAUGAUAUUAAUUUUAGCGUGGAUAAAUACACGAAGGAGCUGACACGGGAGUGUGUGGGCGGCAGCGAUUUGCAGCAGCGUAAAAAGGAAAUUGAGGCCUACAAUGAGCAGACGUCGGCAACGCUCAAGCAAACCUGCAAAAAGAACUAUAUGCAGUUCAUACAAACCGCCAAGGAGAUAUCACAUCUGGAGUCGGAGAUGUAUCAGCUGUCGCAUAUAUUGAUCGAGCAACGCAACAUUUUGGCCAGCAUGACCGAUGGCAAGACGAGCAGUCACCUGAAAGCGGACAGUAUCGAGGCGGAGAACAGUGCAGCUACUGAGGACGUGGAGAACAGUCAUGCCACACGCGCUGUUAAGGAAAUGGUGCAGGGUUUUAAUGGAAAUCUCGAGGGCAAAACGUUCCUAAACGAGGGCGCACUUAUCGAGCUGGAUGGUAAUGACUACCGGCCCAUACAGCGUGUCUUCUUUUUUCUGUUCAAUGAUGUGCUCAUCGUGUGCAAAGUGAAGCAUGAUAAACGGCUCGAGUUUCUUACGGAAUACGAUCCCAAGAAGAUAGCCGUUAUUAAUAUCAAGGAUCUGGAUGGCGUCAAGAAUGCCAUUAACAUCAUAACGCCUGAUGGCUCCAAGAUAUAUCAGAGCAUAACAGCUGCCGGCAAGAGCGAAUGGAUUGAGAAAUUGGAAGAAGCCUUUCGUUUUGAUCAGCAAAAGAAAUCAAAGAAGGGACAAGCGCCGCAGCCACCAAAUCGUGCCAAGCAACAGCAGUCCCAAUCGAAAAGCGCCACGCCUGAGAAGCUGCCUGAAGAAAGUCCCACAGAAAGGCAGCCAAAAUCCCUGGAGGAUGAAACGCCCGAAUGGCUAAGCACGGCCAGCGAGGAAAUCCAAACGCUUGUAGCGCAACGCCAUUUCGAGGACGCACAGUCGCUGAUUAAGCGCACGCAAGAGUUUCUGCGCCUGGCCGAGAACAAAAAGAAGCUGCUCCAGGCGGACAACAUUGACGCUAAGGUCAAACAGCAGGAACAAAAGCUCACCAAUGUGCUGCUCCAGGAGCUGUCCAACAGUCACAAUCGCAAUUUACAAAUUGCACUGCGCUCAGCCCGACGACCCCUGAAGAUUCUCGUCGAAAUGGGUCGUUCCCGACAGGCCAGUGCCACAUUGCUGAAGGUAUGCACGGUUAGUCUGCGUGUCGCGCAACGCGAAGCACGUCGCAAUAAUGCAGAAAUCUCUGAGCUUUUCUUUUGCGACCUGACUCAGGUAGCAUGUGAUUUUCUCAGCGCCUUUGAACAGCAGCCUGCUUGUGUUAGCGCUCUUGUUGUCUGGUGCAAUGCGGAGCUGCAGUACUUUGCAAGCCAGCUGAUCAAACACUAUCUAACUAAGGGCACCUCACUGGAGGCAGUGGCCAAGUGUGUAGAGCGCGUGCGCAAGCCUGCCACGAAGCUUACAGAGAUUGGUUUGGACAUAAGUUACCAUUUAGAGGGUCUGUUGCGCACAACGCUGGAGUCGCUUAUUGAAGAGUGCAAGCAGCGCCUGUUGGACGCGGUAGGUCGCACCGAGGAGAGCUGGCAGCCGUAUAAUUUGCAAACGAAAUCAAAUUUAAAGCGAUUGCUGCUAGAGUUGGAUGCGCUUGGCAUUGAUGUGCGUUCCCAGACCACAGGCGAUACAUGGCUGAAUUUGACACAGUCCACUCUCGUCUUUAUACGACAAUUCCUCCAGCUGACCGAGCACUGCGGCUGCUUGGCCAAAGGGGAAACACUGCUGCCGAGUCUGGAGAAGUUGCUGCGUGAUCUCUUUUUGGCACAGCACGCAUUAAAGCCUCCUAGCGACAUGGCCAUGGAUCCCAACUUUGUUAUAAAGAACAAAAUAUUUCUGGUGGACAAUCUGCUGCCCAUCGCCAUUGAAAAGUUUCGCAAGACAUCGGGUCGCCAGUGUGAGACACUACGGGAGCUGCACACGAAGCUAUCCCGCCAGCACGGGGCUCCAGUGCCGCGCCAGCGCAGCGUCUAUACGACCGAUGUCUUUUAAAGAGUAGUUUAACUUUACCUUUGAUUACAUAUAUAAUUUUUUAUUUUUC